ACAUUAUUAAGUGAACAAUUAUCUAAUCAAUCUCAUUAUGAUUUUGGCUUACGUUCACUUAAAAGUGUACUUGUUAUGGCUGGAAAUAUUAAACGUGAAAAAAUAAAAAAUAAUACCCAAGAUGAAGAUGAACAAGAAAUUGUUAUACAAGCAAUUAUGGAUAGUUUUGUUCCACGUCUUGUUGCAGAUGAUUUAGUUCUAUUGAAUAGUUUAUUAAAUGAUGUUUUCCCCAAUGCAAAAUAUAAUCGACCAUCAAUGACUCGUCUUCGGGAAGAAAUUGAAAAUGUUGCUAAAGAAAUGUUUCUUGUUUGUGAAACAUUAUGGGUUGAAAAAGUAUUACAAUUAUAUCAAAUAACAAAUCUUAAUCAUGGUUUAAUGUUUGUUGGACCAACAUGUUGUGGUAAAACAAUGGCAUGGCGUGUUUUAUUAACUGCAUUAAAUCGAAUUGAAAAUUCUGAUGGUCAAGCACAUAUUAUUGAUCCAAAAGCUAUAUCAAAAGAUGAUCUUUAUGGAUAUAUGGAUCAGAAUACACGAGAAUGGACGGAUGGUUUAUUUACGCAUAUUUUACGUAAAAUCAUUGAUAAUUUACGUGGUGAAUUAUCUAAAAGACAAUGGAUUAUAUUUGAUGGUGAUGUUGAUCCUGAAUGGGUUGAAAAUUUAAAUUCAGUUCUUGAUGAUAAUAAGUUAUUAACAUUACCAAAUGGUGAACGUCUUGCUUUACCACCUAAUGUUCGAGUUAUGUUUGAAGUUCAAGAUUUACGUCAUGCAACAUUAGCUACAGUAUCUCGUACAGGUAUGGUUUGGUUUAAUCAAGAAACUGUCACAUCAGCUAUGUUACUUCAAUAUUAUUUAAAUCGUAUUCGACAAGAAUCUGUUUUUGAUAUAAUUAAUCAAGAUGAUCCAAAUAGUAAAGAUACUGUUAUACAAUCAUCAGAAGAAAAUAAAACAAAUAUAUUAGAAAUACAAAAUCAUUUAGCUGAUUUAUUAGAACCAUAUUGUAAUAAAGAAAAUGGUUUAAUUCUUGAUACAUUAGAAUAUGCCGGAAAAAAACAAGUACAUAUUAUGGAUUUUAUACCAGCUAGAUGUUUACAAACACUUUUUUCAAUGCUUAAUCAUGUUCUACGAACAAUUAUUAAACGACAAUUAUUUUCAUCUGAUCGAACACCAUUAAGUGAUAGUAAACUAAAAUAUCGACAACAAUUAGGUGAAUUUAUAAUGAAUACAAUUAAAAAUAGUAAUAUCACAUCACCAGCUGAUAAAAGUUCACCAAUUGUUGAUUUUGAAGUUAAUUCAGAAGAUGAAUGGGAAUCAUGGUUAUUAAAAGUUCCAUCAAUUGAACUUGAAGGAAGUAAAGUUGAUGCAAGUGAUUUAGUUAUACCAACAAUUGAUACAAUUCGACAUGAAACACUUCUAUAUACAUGGCUUAAUGAACGUAAACCUCUUCUUCUUUGUGGUCCACCUGGAAGUGCACUUCGUUCAUUACCAGCAUGUGAAGUUGUCGCUACAUUAGGUGUUGUUCUUCCACCAAGUCAAUUAGGCAAAUGGAUUAUUGUAUUUUGGGAUGAAAUUAAUUUACCGGAUGAAGAUAAAUAUAGUACACAAAGAGUAAUUGCAUUUUUAAGACACUGUAUCGAACAUGGUGGAUUUUAUCAUACAUCAGAUCAUACAUGGAUACGUUUAGAAAGAAUUCAAUUUGUUGGUGCUUGCAAUCCACCAACAGAUCCAGGAAGAAAACCAUUAACACAUAGAUUUUUACGACAUUGUCCAUUGGUUUAUGUCGACUAUCCAGGUGAAAUAUCAUUAAAAUAA